CCACGACAUCCCACCAGCCAGCUAUCAUGCCCAAAUCCCGCCGCGCCGUGAUUCAGCCAGAGCCCAUCGCCAAGGGCUAUUCGUUGAUGCGAGGGCGUCGCCUCGACACCUAUUCGAGCUGCUUCAAUAGUGACAUCGAAUAUCGACCAGAAUGCUUCCCACCUCCAGUCCUUACCAAUGUUUCGGAGAUCUCGUUUGGAAGGUACACGCCACCAGGGACAAGCAGCCCAGUGGAUGUUGUCAUCAAGCGCCCCCUGUAUCCCGGGUGCCAGGCCAUCGCUGAUCCCGAAUGCGUUGUUGAGGAUUGCCGCCAGCGUUUCGUCAACGGAUACUACGUCUGGGUGAAACUCUCGAACCAGAAAACCCGAGACUCACCCUCGUAUCACGAGAGAAUCCUUCCGAUGAUGGCUCAGUUGAUCCAGCGGAACUGCGACGACAGCGAGCUCAAAAUCGUCACUCGACUGUAUUAUAAUGGAAGCAUGAUCAACUAUUUCGUUCGACACUGGAAAGGUAUUGCAGCCACGAAAACCGAGCACGAGCAACUCCGGAUGACCACCCGCAUGAUGCUGGAUGUUGCCCUGGGCAUCCGACACAUGCAUACCCGAGGGAUCAUCCACGCCAAUAUCAGCGCGGAACACGUCAUCGUAACCGAUGACCACCGCUGCCUCUUGACCGGGUUCGGAAGUUCCUUUGAAGAAAGGCGCAACGCUGCCAGAAAACGAUAUCCCCCUUCAACUCCCCCAUUGUCAUUUGACUUGGGGGAGUCCAUCGCGCAGCAAUGGGCAACAAAGGCAACCGACGUUUGGGACUUUGGAAUGCUGUGCACCGUGAUUUCAAAUCAUACUGGCGACCUUUAUUUCGUCAUUCCCGUCGUAGCAUAUGAUACCCUUGCCAAGAUAUUCGAUGGCUUCACCAACCCUAGCAUCCCUCCUGACAUGAAGCCGAAAUUCAACUUCAAUCCACGCAUGCCAAAGCCUCUCGUGGACCUGCUUCGUGGAUGUCUGGAUUUCGAGGCAAGUAAUCGUCCCAAGAUCAAAGAUGUCGUUGAACAACUUGAAUCCAUCCUCGAGAAAAUCGAAAAUGGCGAGCUAACAUUGUUGCCUAUCGACGAUGGCACUCCUACCGAGGGAGGUGUUGAUUCCCUCAACCUCAACACUGUUGAUCCCCAAGCUACAGAGCAUCCCCCUCAACAUAAAAUGAUGUCCCACAGUCCCCCCAUCACGGACAAGGCGCCCAACAGAUGCAUCAUGCCCCCUCGACAGGAGGAUACUUCAUGCAUCAUGAAGGGAAACUCGAUGGCAUCGGGAUUUGACGAGCCUCCCGACCCGGACGAGCAGCCCAUGGAUAUCGAUACAGACAGUUCCGAUGAUACAAUUGACUACGCCCUCGCGCCGUGCACCCAGAAAACUCACUCGAGGGCCACCCACGCGGACAAUGGAUCAAUGAUUACCAAAGUACCUCGAACCACACAAGCAGCUCGUAUUGAGCCGAAUGUUGCGGAGACAAAGUCAGUCGAUCCACCACCAGCCCAUGCCUCGACUCGGAGCGGCAUUCAGGUUGACUCAACCGCACCGGAUGGCAAUCGUCCCGAAUAUGUCGAUACUCCAAUCAACGUUGUUGGUGAGAUCGGAGAAGGAACGUUGCCCGAGAUCGGCAAAGAAGCAGUCAGCACCGACAUUGAUCGUGCAGACGACGCUGAGAAAGUACCGACUGCCCAGCAGAUUGCUGUUGCGACUCUGACGCUCUCAGGGGAGCUCAUACCUUCUUCUGAUCCCGCUGCUGCAUCUCGUGAGGAGGCUGAAACAUCAGAGUAUAUACCAACUCCAAAAGAAGUGAAAGACCUCUACGACAACGAUCCAGACACACUUCUUCGAAAUGUCACGGCAUUUUUGAAUCGCCGUCCGAAACUGGACCAUUCACUCUGGAGUCGCCUGACCAAUAAAGUGCUGGGUCGGUAUCAGGUAAUUGAGAGAGAUUGCAAAGUUAGUGGCACCACAGGUGCCAACACGACAGGCGACGUCAAGUGCUUUAUUGCGCUUUUCUGGAUGAAAAUGAUCGGCAAUUCUUUCGAAUGUAGUGAAAAAUCCCCUUUCAAUAUGCUGAAGCGAUGGUCCGGUUCAGUUUCAUGCGUUCAACGUUUAACGACUCAAAAUACCCACCUGAAGAUGCUGGUCAUCGUGAGUCGCCUUAUUUAUCGAUGGUGCAUGUAUGCACUUCCUUCAACUCCACCUUCAUUAUGGAAUGAGGUUGAGGUUGAAGGAGCUGAAGUCAAAGCAAACAUCAGCGCCGUGUCGCCCGACAUCUUGAAGCUCCUCUUCGACUGGGCACGAUUGGCAUCCAGCUAUCAUUGGUUUGGAAAGUUCUUCGCUGCAAUAUGUUGCAUGCAAGGGACCGGGACGGCAAUGAACAACGAAAUGGCGGUCGCUCUUCUCAAUGACCUGUUUCAGAGCAACGAAUCAAGCGACAUGAGACGCACGGCCGCUGCCACCCAACUUGCUUUGUACCACUACAAUACCGCAAUCCAGACUCCAAACAAAGCUGGACAUAGCGACAUGUUUCGUACCGCGAUACAGUUUCUGGAAUUCUCGUCGAGCCGUGAUGAUAUUCUGGCAACCUUUGUAUUGGGAAAGUGCUAUUACCUUGGCCAAGGCGUUCCUUUCGAUCGUGACCGAGCCACAGCUCUGCUUUCUCGAGACAAAAUGUUGCAGUACCCACCCGCGAAAGCAUUACUGGACUCUUUUGGAGAAGUCAAGUCGUACAGAUAUGUCUACAAUCACCGGACGCAACUAAGCUACUUCGAAUUAUGCCAGCAACCUUAUGCCGACCCCAGUUCACACUUAUACCACGGAGGAUUCCAUGAUGCCCCACCACCUUAUUACCAUGGCGGCUUGUAGUCACGGGCUUGACUGUGCAGUCCAUGCGGUCAAACACAACUAGUUCAGGGCAAGACAGACCGCCCCUUUCUCUGGCUUCACCGACCCAAGCCCCAUGAUCAUCUGUUGGCUGCUGUGGGCAGGCUGUGCGAUUUUUUCCAGUCCUGGUUGGCAGCAUCUUUGUGUUCGUUGAUUCGGGAAGCAUCGUCUUGAAUACACCGGGCACAAGUGGCGGCGAUCGA